GUUACACUCACCAGCGCUGUGCUUGUCGGCCAGCAUAACGUUCAGCGAUGGCAUCCGCGCCUCGCUGCUUGCAGGCAACGUCAACUUCGCGGUUAAACCCCGCGCCCCUCGUACCCUUACAACACAUUCCAUCUUGUGUCACUCGCGCACAAUGUUUGCGAGACCAUCGUGUCAAGCGCACCAGACCACUUGUGGUCCCAGCUGCCACUCGUUCAGACCGAGCACUCCCCGCAGCUGAGGCCUCUCACAUCGGGAGCCGGCGAGCGGCCUUGUUAGCUCUUGCUGCAUCUGGACUUGGAGCGUUGGGGGGCGGGGGCCUGCUGCUGCCGGAGGGUGCGGAGGCAGCCCUGGCAGCUGGCGUGGCGUGCCCGGGCAUGAACGGCUACGCACUGCAGCAGUGCCUCAGAGAGGCACGCAAAGCCAAGGAGGCGGCGGAGGCGGCGGCGGACGCCGAGGGAGGCACGCUGGGCAGCGGCGGUGGCGGCGCGGACUCUGUGCGGGAGGAGCGGCUCAAGUACCGGCAGUUCGAGCAGCCGGGGACGCUGGUGACGCUGCCGAGCGGCCUGCAGUACCGUGAGCUGCUGGAGGGCAGCGGGCCGGAGGCGGCGCUGGGAUCCGUGUGCGAGGUGUCGUACGUGGUGUACCGCCUGGCCUCGGGGGCCUACUACAAGUACAGCAGCGGCGGCACCCCCGUGUUCCUGUUCAGCCUGGGGUAUGGCAAGGAGGGCAAGGACGACGUGGGGCAGACCUACAGGUUCAGGCUGGGCGACCCCAACAGCCUGCCCGCCGCGGUGACGCCGGCGCUGGUGGGCAUGCGGCAGGGCGGCAAGCGGCGAAUCCUGGUGCCGCCGCGGCUGGGCUGGGUCAGCGACAAGGUGGGUCCGCGGCCCGACACGUUUGGCGGCGGGCGGCGGCUGGAGGGGCACAAAGACGAGCCGCUGCUGUUUGAGGCAGAGCUGGUGCGAGUGCGGACACAGGGCACAACGCCCGAGGGAGCUGGAGCGGGGGUGGCGGAGCAGCAGGCGCUGCCGCGCGGGGGCCUGUUCCGGAUGCCGGCCCCGCCCACCUACUACGGCCAGCAGCAGUAGCAGCAGUAGCAGCAGUAGCAGCAGUAGCAGCAGCAGUAGCAGCAGUAGCACCGGUAGCAGCGGCAGCAACGGGUAGCAGCGGUAGCAGGGUACGGGAGAAGGUGUGGAAGGUGGCAGAGGAUGCGGGACUCCCAACUGAACUCAUGAAGUGGAUGGUCAAGUUGGGAAGAGAUUGUCAUGUUGACAGUUCGCAGUUGGCACUUGGCGGUGGGUGAGGCGGAGGCAGCGUGGGAAGGGGCAACUCUUCGACUACCGCCUGAGGCGAUGCGGCACAAACAGGCGCGACAAAAGCAUGGGCUUAAUCUCGGCGCGGGCCUGUCGCCUGACAAGGAGUACAAGAGGUGU